AUGGCCACCAUCGUCAAGAACACGGCUCAGCUCUCCAAGAUCCCACGUCACAUGCUCUCCACGGUUCCACAUCAAAUCAUCACUCAGCAAGCGGAGAACACCACUGCAACUUGGCCUGUCAUCCCCACUGCAUUAAGAAGCAAGAGGAGGAACUACAACAGGCAAAUGCGGAGAACACUGCGGAGAAACCAAGCGGCAACAAGGCCACUAUCGUCCAGAACACGGCUCAGCUCUCCAAGAUCCCACGUCAUAUCAGUCAUCCACGGUUCCACAUCAAAUCAUCACUCAGCAAGCGGAGAACACCACUGCAACUUGGCCUGUCAUCCCUACUACAUUAAUAUGGUAUAUCACUGCAAUGACGUCACAAGAGGAGGAUCUACUGCGACGAUCACAGCCAAUUGGGCCUCUGCAGGAGGAACAUCGGACGAUACAUAUUUGGACGAAUUGAAACCGUCCGAUGUCUUGCUCUGA